UCCUUGCAUUUCCGAAGCAAGAACAGAACAGGAGGGAGGGAGAGAGAGAAUGAGUGGAAUUGGGAAGACGGUGUGCGUGACGGGAGCGAACGGCUACAUCGCUUCGUGGGUCGUCAAAUUCUUGCUCCAGCGUGGCUAUACAGUCAGAGGCACUCUUCGUGAUCUGGGUAAUCUGAAGAAAGAAAACCACUUACUUGCACUUGAUGGAGCUAAGGAGAGACUUCACCUGUUCAAAGCAGAUCUACUUGAAGAAGGUUCCUUCGAUUCUGUGGUUGAUGGUUGUGAAGGUGUUUUUCAUAUAGCAUCUCCAUUCUUUUACCAACUCUCAGAUCCACAGGCAGAUUUGAUUGAUCCAGCAUUAAAGGGAACACUUAAUCUUCUUGGAUCAUGUGCCAAAACCUCAACUGUCAAAAGAGUGGUUUUGACGUCCUCUAUGUCUUCAGUUGCGUACAAUAGUAGGCCUCGAACUCCUGAUGUGAUAGUUGAUGAGACCUGGUUUUCAGAUCCAGAGUUUUGCAAAGAAAAUAAGCUAUGGUAUCAGCUCUCCAAGAUUCUAGCAGAGAAUGCUUCCUGGAAGUUUGCAAAUGAUAAGGGCAUUGACAUGGUUUCAAUAAACCCAGGAAUGGUUAUUGGUCCUCUGUUACAGCCAACAGUUAACGCAAGUGCAGCCCAUAUUUUGAACUUAAUAAAUGGUUCACAAACAUAUAUAAAUGUUUCCUUUGCCUGGGUUAAUGUUAAAGAUGUUGCAAAUGCACACAUUCAAGCAUUUGAGCUUCCUUCAGCCAAUGGAAGAUAUUGUUUGGUUGAAAGGGUUGUGCACCUCUCUGAAGUUGUGAAAAUGCUAGGCAAGCUUUAUCCGUCUUUACGACUUCCAGAAAAGUGUGCAGAUGACGAACCAUUGAUGCCAACAUACCAGGUAUCCAAGGAAAAAGCAAGAAGCUUAGGCAUCGACUUCAUUCCCUUUGAGCAGAGCCUCAAGGAAACUGUCGAAAGCUUGAAGGAGAAGAGCAUUUUUGCUGCCUGACUCAGUUGUAUUAGCUAUUGUGCCUAUAUAGAGGAUUUCUGAAGAGUAGAUGGUGAUAAUGCUAUGGCUUCUCAUGGUUUGCUGGCAUGGCUUUAAGUAUUGCCUCCUUGUAUUAAACUUGACUGUUAAUGCUGUAACUGUUGUACCUUUUUGUAAAUUUUUUUAAGAUAUGGAAUGGUACAAACUUGCCCAUCCUCCCCAUCCCCCAUCUAAUAGAAUAAAGACUUAGAUA